AUGGACCUCAUCCUAAUGAUUUCUUGUUUGCUGAAUGUUAGUCACGAACAUGUUCUGCUUCUUUCGGGCAGCCGGUUAACCACAACAGAUGGCUUUUAUCUUGAUGAGAAUGAGUCGGAAACAUUAUACCUCGAUGAUAUAAUAUUAAAGGACCUUAGCACAUCGCUACAAGAGGAACUGGAGUUCCAGCAGUACUAUGGUAACUACCAAUUAACGGCCACUGGCGUGUGCUACCGUACCGAGAUUGCCGCGUGUAUAAACUAUAUGCCACUGGAAAAGUGGCGGAACUAUGUACUGGGUUAUUCUGCCGAAGGUGCCGACGAGAAGAAGAUGGAGGUUAUGAUUCAAGGGUGGAUAAGAGCGUAUUCAAACGAAGCAGACACGGUAAUCACCGCCCUUGAGAAAAUCGAAUCUAGCCAAGCGGACAAGAAAGAUCAUCAAAGGACAAAGAUGCUGAGGAAGCGAUGGACACAGAUUAGGGACCUCUGUAUUAAGGCCUCCGAAGCCGCGUCCUGUUAA